AUGAAAACUUGUUUCUCCAAUCUGUUCCGUGUUCUAGGUCUAGGGAAACAUCCAUCUAAUUCAAGUGCUGAUGAUAAGAUUGUUCAGGCUUUGGCCGAAGCCAUUGAUGCUGCAAAUAAGAAGCUAAGGGAGGAAACCCUGCAGAGUAACGAAGAAGCUAACGAUGCUAUGGAAACUUUCCGAAGAAAAACUAAUGAGCAAAAAAGGUUAGAAAAUGAGAAGAGGAAGCAGGCAUUGAAGGAUGCGAAGGAUCUCAAGGAUCUAACGUAUAAGACAAAGGUGGAAAAUAAGCUGAAGAAGACACAACCAGAGAAGGAUCGAGCUGAGGAAGAGGAGAAGGAUUUGACUGAGGAAAAGAAGAAAGAUCCGACUGAGGAAGAGGAGAAGGAUCCUACUGAGGAAAAGAAGAAGGAACCGGCUGAGGAAAAGAAGAAGGAUCCGACUGAAGAAAAAAAGAAGGAUCCGGCUGAGGAAGAGGAGUUAGAGAUUAAAAGAAUAUCGAAUGAUGCGAGAUUUUGUCUUCAUGAUAACUACAACAAGUGUUGUAAUUCUCGUGUUACCUUUAUAGGACAGUUUAAUUUGUUACACCUCCUAAAGUCGUCUCAUCUAGUAUCACGUGAUAUACUCCUUUAUACUAAAUCAGGCGAACCAACAUUCUAG